AUGCAAGUUAGAUUUGUAGUUGGCUCAUCAGUUAAGGGCGAGAAAAAGACAAGGAUCCCAUGGCGUAAAGCAAUCGCAACAACCGAAACGGUCCUAAAGAUAACCGGAAUUUGGCCCCAAGAAGUGAAGAGCUACUGGAGCUCCAUCAGACUCUUCGUAUUCAUUACCUUAUCAUUGAUAUUCGACAUUACCAUCAUUGUAGAACUGAGAAACUUAAUGAGAACACAAGAUUAUGAGGCUUUAUCGACCCACUUGUCCACUUUUGGCCUGUAUAUCGGAUACUCCAUUAAAAUUUUAAUUUUCCAGUUUAAAAAGAAGAAUUUCCUUAACAUGCUUAGCAUAAUAGAUCUGCCAAUUUUCGAAGAUUACCCUCCUCGAAUGGAAAAGUAUAAGACGGACUGUAUUUCCAUGUCAAACGGUAUUGCCAACUUUUACAUAAGUUGUGUGGCCAUAAGUGUUUUUAUGUAUUUAAAUAAACCGUUAUAUACCGAUGCAUCAUUGCCCAUAAGCUUCUCCUAUGAUCUAAACUCCUUGACUUAUGUGCUUAUAUUAGCAUUACAAUGCUUCGGGAAUUAUUACUUAGUAAUGAUUGGCAUAAGCUUUGACAUGAUUAUUAUUGGAUUAAUUAAUAUUGCUACUGCUCAGCUUGAUAUACUGGGGGAUACGAUUGUGGGAUUUAGAGCAAAAAAUUUUAAAUGCAUAAAGGAGGAGGAACAUGCGUUUUUUAAGCAGUGCGUUAAAAGACAUCAAACAAUUAUAAGAUUUGUUAAUGAAACGGAGAACAUUUUUACGUUUAUUUUUUUGACUCAGUGUCUUUCCAGUGUUACGUCCAUAUGUAAUGGGGCUUUUCAGUUGACUCACACGGGAAAACUUUGGAGUAUUCAUUUUAUUUUUAAUUGCGCAUUUGCUUUCGAUGUCCUUUUUGAAAUCGGUAUUUGCUGUUGGUUUGCAGGACUGCUUACAAUUAAGAGCUUAGAAGUGGCUGAUGCAUGUUACAACUAUACCUGGUUAAAUUCUCCAGCCAGUACUAAAAAACUAUUGCUGAUUAUUCUAAUGAGAAGUCAAAGGCCUUUGUAUAUUACCGCCGGGAAAUAUGCUAGAUUAUCAAUGACAUCAUUUUUAAUGGUUUUGAAGACCGCCUACUCUUACUUCGCCUUAAUGCAGAGCCUUUACGAUAAAAAGAAUAGCCAGUAAAUGCUUUCUGAAGAAAAAUACGAAGAAGUACCAACGUGUU